GUGUCCAUUGUGACAGUGUGUGUGAGGAGGGACGCUGGGGACCGAACUGUUCGUUCAGCUGCACCUGUGAGAACGGAGGCUCGUGCUCCCCAGAGGACGGAUCCUGCGUCUGUGCUCCUGGAUACCGAGGAACCAACUGCAGACGAGCCUGUUCCCCUGGUUUCUAUGGUCACCGCUGCAGCCAGUCGUGUCCUCAGUGUCUCCACAGUGACGGAGCGUGUCACCAUGUCACCGGACACUGUGAAUGUCUCUCUGGAUUCUUCGGCUCCCUCUGCAACCAAGUGUGUCCCAGUGGAAGGUUCGGUAACGCCUGUGCAGAGACGUGUUCGUGCACCAACAACGGCACCUGUAAUCCCAUCGACGGCUCCUGUCAGUGCUUCCCGGGAUGGAUCGGCGAGGACUGCUCCGGGCUAUGUCCUCAGGGCUCGUGGGGCCCAGACUGCAUCCACACAUGUAACUGUCACAACGGAGCCCAGUGCAGCGCUGCAGACGGAGAGUGUGACUGCAGCCCUGGAUGGACGGGACUCUACUGCACUCAGCGUUGUCCCGCGGGUUUCUACGGCUCUCAGUGUGCGGAGGUGUGUCGCUGUCAGAACGGAGCCGACUGUGACCACAUCACCGGACAGUGCUCCUGCAGGACGGGCUUCAUCGGACAGAGCUGUGAACUCAAGUGUCCUGCGGGGACGUUUGGUUACGGCUGCCAGCAGCUGUGUGAGUGUAUGAACAACGCCACCUGCGACUACGUGACGGGAACCUGCUACUGCAGCGUCGGCUUCAAGGGAAUCCGCUGUGACCAGGCUGCUCUGAUGAUGGAGGAGCUCAACCCCUACACUAAGAUCAGCCCGGCGCUGGCGUCGGAGCGGCAGUCAGCCGGAGCCGUCCUGGGCAUCAUCUUCCUGCUGCUGCUCAUCAUGGCCAUGCUCGGCCUGGUGGUCUGGUUCCGCUACCGGCAGAGAGAGAAGGGUCAUCACGUGCCGAACGUCACCUACACCCCCGCCCUGCACAUCAACUCCACAGACUACUCCCUGUCCGGGCUGCAGUGCACAGGCCUGCUCUCCUCCGCAGACUCCUCCCCCAGCAGCAGCUCAGUCGGACGCUGCUUCUCUAACCCGAGCUACCGCACGCUGGGGCCCUGCACGUACGCCGCGCACUACGCCAAGCCCAGCAAGAGGGCCGCCGCCAAG